AUGGCUCACAAAACCUGGAUUGUUCUCGUUUCGUUCGCAGCUUUCCUCGAUUCGUUCCCGUGCUCGGCGACCGACCCGCGGAUCGUCAAAGUCGACAUCGAGCUGAACGAUGUCCUCUCCAUCGACGACAGAGCUGGGAAGUUCUCAAUUAAGUUCGAGAUGCUCUCUGAAUGGUCCAGGUCAGCAGCGAAUGAUUCUUCCGAUGCUCCGAAUUACUUCGAGCCCGAAAUCUUUCUCGACACCGAAGAAAACCUCAACUCUAUCAGAAGCUUCACCCAGACCACUAAUGAUGGACGUGUGCAACAGCUGCGAGUCUUGACUUCAACGUUUCUAUGCGAAAUGGAUUUUUCGUGGCUCCCCAUCGACGAACAGAAGUGCACCAUAACGAUCCGGAGUAGAGUUCACGACAAGAAUGAGCUCAUUCUUAACUGGAUCGAUGUCAUAGAGAAGCCGAAGAGGAGCGCGGACAAGAACUUCACCAUUAAAAAAGUCGAUCAAUCCGCGGACGAGGAGUGCUUGCAGAGAGCGGACUCGACCGAUUACAGCUGUUUGCGUCUCACGUUCGUUUUCCUUCGGAAUUAUAGACCUUACUUGAUCUCGUACAUGUUACCGACUGCCGUGUGUUCCGCGGUGGCUUGGCUCACAUUAUUCGUCCGCUCUUCUAGCCUUCGCAGUUUGAUGACAGCACUCACGAUACUCGCGACCGGAGGUUUUACCUACACUACUUAUCUAGAGUUGCCUUGCUCACAUUGCGCGAAGUUCCUCGAUGUCUGGACUGUUCUGGUCUGUGGUUUGGUUAUUGUAUGCUUCCUUGAGUUCAUUGUGGUGCAAAGCGCUUUCAAGCGAAUAGUCUCAGGUCGGAAGAGAUACACAAUCAAUGAUUUGAAACCGAACUGUGUCGAUGGUCUCUUCCAGAUUCUAGUGGGUGCAUUCAUGAGUUUUUCGAUCGCAUUUUAUUUCACUUACAUGUACGUUGUUAUCAAUGGUCGGGUGAACGUCUUUUGA